UCCUUCCUCUCUUAUAAAUACCCUUUGCGAAUCUCUUUUAUAAUUUUUCUCUACCCUUUUAGAGGGUUUCUUUUAAGCAUAACAUUAGAACCCAAGAAUACUAUCUCAAACAAACCAAAAAAAAAAACCAGGAGAGAGAACGGGAGAAAGAAAAAAAACACCCUUCUUCUCAACAAAAACCCUCACAUAAACAACAAUUUGAGAUUUCAUAGUGAAGAUCUGAUAACAUAGAAAAGAACCCAUUUAUAGAUAGAUUGCUAAUUACAAAGACAAGGAGACAGGGUUUGAUCAGAUCCUUCACCAGAGUCAACCCUAAUUCUGUUUUUUUUGGGAGUAUUAGGGUUAUGAUCAGAGAAUCGAUGUUGUAUAUAGUGUAAUUUCAAGAUUGGACUUUUAUAGCUGGUUGUCAAUUAAGAGAUCAGUAGCUGUGUUCUGAUUUUGCACAUUGAAUCAACAAAGAGGCAAUUUUUAGAACCUGUGUUUGGCCACAGACCCAAGAGUUACUUUGAAGUACAACACAAGGUUCUGAUUUCUCUAUUGGCCUAGUGGUGAACACACAGUAUCAGAUUUCCUCGGAAGCCCAGCAUUUCAGAGAAGUGUCAGAUUGACAUAGAUUGGUUUCCGCUUAUUUGGUUGUUGUUUAUUAGAGUAGAAAUUGAGCAUUUAAGCUUUUAUCAAAAAUAUUAUUUCCAAGUUAAGUUCUAAUUGAAAAUUGGGCAACUCUAAAAGGGCAUUUGUGAAGAAAAAAAUAAUUUGAAACUCUUACCUGGGAGGUGAUUUUGGAGUUCUUAUGGAGGGACUUUAAGCAGGAAAUGACUGCAAGGACAUGGUGCAUGGACAAGAGCAUAAUGUCUGGUCAGUUCCUGUGUUGGAACAACAGUACAGGGAUCUAAGAAAGGCAUUUUGCUCUGUGCAAAGGUACUACUUUUCCAUUUCCAGGGUCACGUGCAAUGUCUCGCUGCUUUCCAUUUCCCCCUCCAGGAUAUGAAAAGAAGGCCAGAGUUGAUGAUACAGACUUGCUGAAGAAGGAAAAACACAAGGAGAAAAAGCACAAAAAAGAUAAGAAGGAUAAAGAAAAGAGAGAGGGUAAAGAGAAAAGGGAUAAAGAUAGAAGUAAAGAAAAACAUAGGGAAAAGAAAGACCGAAAAGAGAAGCACAAAGACAAGGACAGGGAUAGAGAGAAAAAUGGGACAUCAGAUGAGAAGAAAGUUGAAGGACAAUCAGGGUACCACAAUGGAGAAAAGUUUGGAUCAAAUAGCCAGCAGAAUAGUGUGGUCAGAGAUUCCGCAUGUGUGGAGGAAUUGGCCAGAAGAAUCAAGGAUGAAGAUAGAGCAUCCGGGAGCCAAAUGGUUCAGAAGGUUGUUGCUACAGACCAAAAAAGAAGUGAAGUACGGGGAAGCAUUAGUAUUCAAUCUCAGGAAAAAGAGAAAAUUAAGAAUAAGAAUGAGGAUCAGAGGAAAAUCAAUGGGCAAAAAAACCAUUUUGACACGAGAGUUUUGGAGAAAGCAUUUGGUCAAACUUCUUUUGGAAUGGAUCAGGAAAGAGUUGAAGGAAUUGUCAGAUUGGUGGAGAAGAAAUAUACGGAAAAGCAGAUGGAGGGCAAAGAGAAGAAUAAACAAAAGGAAAAUGAUGGUAAGGGUGAUAAACACAAAGUUAAAGACCGAGAGAAGAUCAGAAAAUCAAAGGAUAAAAAUCGAGAAAAAGAAGAGAAAAAGGAGAAUUCGAAGGAGAAGGAGAUAACCAAACCAAGUAAAGAGCAACCCAAAUUGAAAGACAAUGUCUCAAAAUUAAAAGAAGGGAGCAAGGACUCACUAGAUUUUCGAAAUAUCAAAUCACCAGAAAGGCUGAAGUUAAGCAAUGUGAGUCUUGCUGCUGAGGGAAAUCUGGGCAAACGUAAGGAGCUUGAGAGAAAUGGAUUUUUGCUUGAGAAUGGGAAUCGGCCCAAUAAGUUUCCAAGACCUGUGUCUUCCUCUCACUCAGUCGUAGAAAAUGGGAAGAAAUUAGAACCAUGCAAAUCUGCUGUUCAGUUUGCAUCUGAGAAGCAAGAGCUAGUUAAUAAUCAUAAAGUGUAUAUUAAGGAACAGAAGGUUAAUGGCUUUGUAACAGCAGAACACAAGAUUAAUGGCUUGAUACCAGCACGAUCCCAUAUAUCGUCAACAAAGUCUUUGUCUGUUGGUGUACAAGCUAAUGAGAACGGUGAAACAUUUUCAAAACCACCGCAUCCUGACACCAAAUAUCUCAGUCAGAUACUUUCCAUACCAGAAAUGGAGGAAUUGCCUGAUGUGGAUGAUCAGGAAUGGCUACUUAGCUAUAAUCAUUUGCAGUCAAAGAAGCCAACCAGAGGUUCUCCUGGGAUUGAUGGAAUACGGCAAGUGUGGGCAGAAGCAUUUCGAAUAGAAUCUGCUGACAUUUCAGCUCUUCCAUAUGUCAUUCCUUACUGAUUUAGUUAUGAAUUGAUAGGAUUUUUCCCUUUAUAUCCUUCCCUAUCAUGGCUGAUUGGCCUCUGGGGAACUCCUGGGGAAGUAUGCUGGCAUCUGGGUCCUGGGAUUAUCAGUCUGUUACUGCCUGUUCUUUCAUUGUUUGCUCAGAUCAGUUUGUUAAGAUACAGAAAGGAGUAGUUCUGAUCUCAAUUGCAGUAAGUAUUGACUGAUUUCUUAGCCCUGGGAGUGAUUUAUUUCUGGAAUGGGUUGUCGCAAAAACUGAUAAUUUUUUUGUGCAUUAUUUAUUUAUUAAUUUUUUCUUGGUUUUUCAGGGUAAUAGAGGGGUUUUGUUAUAACUUAUUUGUAUGUAGCUAGUAACAGCCAAAACCACCUUUGGGGUUGUUUGUUUCCAUGGGUAGAAACAGUCCUCAGGUGGAAAUGGCGAGAGAAAGGAGAUGAUAUGAUGUUCAAAACUGCAAAAUGUUGAGAUAUGGUUAGCUGUGAUUCUUCAUAGGUUUACAAUUUUUAAAGCGUAUAGGCAGAUGAGAAGAGAGAGUUAUAGUUUUACUUUGGCCUGCGUGUUGCACGCAUAAAUUUUGAUAUGUAUUUGUGGAGGAACAUGAUUUUGGCAUUCGCAAUUCCUAAUUUGUAUAUUUAGACACCUUAAUUACUUAAAAUCUUAGCUGUCUUUUAAUUUUAA